AUGGACUCAAAAAAGCGCAAAUCUGGGAAGAAGCACUAUAACGAAGAGCUGAUUGAAAGAGAUACGGGAAAUAGUUCGAUAAGUGGUCGAGAUAGAGAUCGUCAAACUUACUCGGUUCAAAGUGUGCCCACGGGAGAUUCAUACACAGAAGGUUAUAUCGACGAGACUUUGGAAGAUAGUAUUGUUAUCGGAAAUAAACAGAGCAAGUGCUGCUGCAAUUGUAGCGGCGAAGUGAUUCGCAUGUACCUGAUUACCAUCUCGACUCUGAUAUUUGCUAUUUUGUCGGCUCUGAUCGGUAUCUAUCUCAUUUUUUAUCGAAAAGGGGAACAAAGUAGGAUUCAGAGCGGUAUUAUUGCUCUUGCUAUAACAGUUUUUUUGCUUGCUCCUGCGACCUAUGGAAUUACGAGAAUUGUAAAACUGAGCAGGAGAACUCACCGCGCGAAGGCAUCCAAGAAUAAAGAACCGAAAAGGACAUAAAUCCUCAUGUCAAAUUAGAAAUGUAGUCCAUACCAAAUCUG